GUAAGAGCCGCGCUGGGAGGGAAAGUGCUCCCAGUUCCUUCCCGGUGCUCCCAGUAAGAGCCGCACUGGGAGGGAAAGUGCUCCCAGUUCCUUCCCGGUGCUCCCAGUAUCGCUCCCAGUGCCGCGCGAGGCGGGGCCGCAUUGGGAGACGCCCCAGGGCAGAGCUCGGCUGCUUUUGUGUGUCGGCAGCUGCCCGGGCCGGCCUGGGAGAGGAGGAGGAGCGGGAGGAAGAGGAAGAGCAGGAAGAGGAGGAAGAAGAGCAGCGGGAGGAAGAGGAGCGGCAGAACCACGCCGUUUCCCCGCCCGCCCGCAGCUUCCCCGGCUCCAGCAGCAUCACCUGACGCCCCCCCGGAACCCGCAGCUGGACUUCGGCAGCGGCAUCAUCAAACCCAAUGCGCUCAGCCCUUUUUUCCCCCCAAACCGGGAUUUCCCAUUCCCAAACCUUGGCCCGAUGGAGGUGGAGGCAGCUGUGAGGAAGAGAAAGAUGUCCCGGGAGCCCCAGGCAGAGCUGAGGAUGGAGACACGGGAGAACAAAUCCCUGCAGCAGAACCUCAUGGAAGACGCCGUUUUGAGCAGCUCCAUGGCUCAGGAAUCCAAUGGGGAGGAAAAUCCCCAGAGAUCCCUCACAAGGAGGGGCUGCAAACGCAGAUCACAGGGAUCUGAGGGGGUAAGAGCCACCUUGGGCCAGAGAGGCGACUGGAGCUCGGAGCUGGGGGUCCAUGAGAAGCUUCACAAUGGAGAGAAGUCCUACAAGUGCUCUAAAUGUGGGAAGAGCUUAAGCCAGAGAUCCUCUCUGAUCCGCCACUUGAGAAUCCACACCGGGGAGAGGCCCUAUGAAUGUGAGAAAUGCAGGAAGAGAUUUCAUUACAGAUCCACUCUCCUCAGGCAUCAGCAGACUCACACAGAAGAGAGACCCUUCUGCUGCCCCGACUGUGGGAAGGGCUUCAAGCUCAACUCCGCCCUUGUCACCCACCGGCGCAUCCACACCAGGGAGAGGCCCUACGAGUGUGGGGAGUGUGGGAAGAGCUUCACCCAGAGCUCCACCCUGACUGCCCACCAGAGGAGACACACAGGGGAACAGCCCUAUGAGUGUGCUGAGUGUGAGAGGUGCUUCAGGACGAGCUCUGAACUGACUGUCCACCAGAAGAUCCACACAGGGGAACGGCCCUACGAGUGUGGGCAGUGUAAGAAGAGCUUCAGACGGAGGUGCCACCUGCUCCGCCACAUGGGAGUGCACACAGGGGAAUGGCCCUAUGAGUGUGGGGAGUGUGGGAAGAGCUUCAGGACGAGCUCUGAACUGAUUGUUCACCAGAGGAGCCACACAGGAGAGAGGCCUUAUGAGUGUGAUAAAUGCAGGAAGAGGUUUCACACCAGUUCCCAUCUUCUCCUGCACCAGCGGAUUCACACAGAGGAGAGGCCCUUCCGCUGCCCCGACUGCAGGAAGGGCUUCAGGCAAAACUCUGACCUUAUCAAGCACCGGCGCAUCCACACUGGGGAGAGGCCCUACGAGUGUCCUGAGUGUGGGAAGAGCUUCUCACAGAGCUCUAGCUUGACCCAACACCAACGGAGGCUCCACAAAGAUAGCCCUGCAAGUGCCCCAAAUACAGGAAGAGCUCCAUGCGCUGCUCCAGCUCCAUCCCCCGUGGGAGGAUACGCGCUGGAUGAUCCCCAGUGAUGCCUGAUGGGCAGAGCCCUGUGAUCUGUGGUGCCAGUCAUCUGUGUUGGCAAGACACCUGGCUGGGGGACUCCACCUCCUCCUGGCUCCCCGUGGACACCUGGACACAUCCACAGACCAACAUCAGAAAUCCAUUGUGGACAACAGAAUUGUUAACUUCUGACCCCAGAAAAAUCUCACUUUUUGCAUCUUCUGGUGGCAUCAAGCAACACUGGAUGGCCUUGGAGGUCUUCUCCAACAUAAAUCCAUUGUUUUAAUUCUCUCUGGCCCACAGGCAUCUUCCACAGCUAAACGGGGAUGGACUGGGGCAAAACCAAUGUUUCUGGAGACAGUGGAGUGGAAAUCCCUCAAAAAAAGUUUCUUCUCACCCACUCAAGCACAUGGAUGCUGUGCUGGCAGGGACACAUAAAUCCUUUUGUUUUGGCCUUGAUUUUCUUUUCUUUUCUACUCAUCCCUUUGAAGCCCCCGAAACUGGGGAAAAAUAAAGACAUUGAACCAAGGCAUGGAUGGGGACAUGUUGGGGACAAUGACAUUAGUGGGUGGGGACAUGGAAAUAGAUGGGGACACGGGGGACACAGACUUGGAGAGUGUCAUGGGGGUGAUGCGUAAAGUCUUAGCUUACGUAUUAUUCAGAUUCUGUACUGCCUUGGUGUGUAACUGUGAACUUCAUAUUAAGUGUUAGUAAGUUCUCUUCACAGGGUAGUUAGACAAAACAGUCCUUUUCCAGCUUGAGAAGCAAGGACAACCGUUACAGCCUCAGGCCCAAAAAGCAUAAACAGUGGUGAAUUGAAGAGAGCAAACAAGGAGGAUGUGACUUCAUAACCUGAAGCUGUAAUUGGACAAUUAACCCAAGUAUGUAAAUGUAUCAAAACUUAGAAAAGUGUGAAAACUUGUGACUGGUAGUCCAUCUUGUGUCCAUCUCGGGCAGAGCCUUGGCUGGGCUCUUGUACUGCCAAGGUGUAUCCUUUAAAGG